AUGAAAGGUAGCGAAAUAAAAAUUAUUUUUAUACGAUUAUUGGCUAAUCUCAAAAUGUUAAAUUUUGAAGAUAUUUCAACAGCCAAGCUUUGUGUAAAGACAAAAGAAGGAUAUAGAAGCUGUAAAUUGUUUUUAAUAAAUAUAGAACUUCUAUGUGAAUAUCUUAAUAUUAUUCCAAGUAGUAGGGAGUAUAGAAAUGGUUUUACUAAGAAUUAUAAAGCCCUAUUCCCAAAUAUAGAUAAAAGGUCAUACCGCGUUGAUGUAUUAGAAGCUGCUGUUGAUGGUUACAGCUUAAUUUGGGUAAAUGGUGAAAAGUUCUUCUUUCAGCCCGAUGUAGUUGCAGCUGGUAAGGAUCUUCAUAACCAAUGGCAAUGUAUUAUAGUCUUAAUAUUGCAAUUUGAAGAUCUCUUGAAUAAAUUUGAGCAUAAGUAUGAAAAUCCUGAAUCUGGUAAUGCUUCAAGAACUGUAGAGAUAUCAGAAAUAGAUUAUUUAGAACUUUUUCAAGAAUGGAGAAGUUAUAUUGUCAGUACUUUGAAAUUGUUUGAUGAAUAUUGGACUAAAUUUGAAGAUUUAUAUAUUAACAAUUUAAUUAAGAUCGAAAGUAUUUCUCGUAGAUUUGUCAUUGAUAUUUAUGAAUUUAUUAGUAAUGAACUUACAAAAAAUAACUCUAUGGUGCUGGAUACUCACCUAUAUAAGUACAAUAAUACACAAUUAAAUUUAAACGACUCCCAAGAGCCACUUAGAUUUGAAUUUUACUGUGCCAAAGAAUUUAUGUCGUCUUAUUCAAGGAUUAUCUCAAAUCCAAAGUUUUUUUUCCUUCUUCAAAAGCUUUUUAGAGUUUCAAAUAUUGAAAGAAAAGGCAAUGAAGAUGUUGGACAGUUUAUAAAUGUCAAAUCUUGGAACCUAAUAAGUUAUAUUGAUUAUAUGGCUAACCAGAUGAAUGAUCCCUCAUAUUCUAUUGUUGGUGUCAUAAGUAGUAUUUGUAUUGACUCUCUCAAGCAAUUGAUAGGUGAAAUAGUAUCACUAAGCCAAUUACCUGAAAAGAUUGAUCCUCAUAUUUUCAAUAAUAUUCAUCUUCAUGAAUUUAUACUAAAGGUUCAAGAAUCAUGGAGAAUUGCUAAUAAAUAUCUUGCAUCCAGUAAUAUUGAAAAUAUUGACUUAGUAAAACUUGUGAAAUUUAUUUCCUAUAUAUUUAAUGUUCAGCUUAAAAUCAGAAAUAGCCACUUUUCACUUUCUACUCAACUUCCAUCUACUCGAUUAGAUGGUAAAUUAGAAUGUAUAAACAACUACAACAACAGGAAUAUCUUUAAAGAAAAUUUUCUAGAAUAUGAUAUUGAGGCUUUUCUGUCACUGCCAAAAAUAUGCUGUCUUUUAUACCUUGCAGAUCCUUCCGAGAAUUCAUCUAUAUUAAAGCAAUUCUUAUCACCAUUAUACAGUGAAUAUAUUCCAUUAACAGUUGGGAAUAAAAAAAUCACUUCUCAGUAUGGGUCGAGACAAAAAGAUUAUUUUCACUUUUAUUCAAUUUUCCGAGCUAAUACUAAUGAUAUAAACCAUGAAAAAAAUAGUUCAGACUGCAAAAUUAAAAGUAAAUCUUUAAAUAAUCCAAUAAAAGAUAUGACUAACUGCUGGAAUGAGGUAAUUAACCAUUUGAAAGUAUCGUAUGAUUAUAAUACCCCAAUAAAUACACUCUCAGUAUCACAAUUUAAUAAAAAUUUUGUAAGAGAAACUGCUGAUGGCAAGUACUUUAUAUCAAAUGACGAUAUUUUACUUUCAUAUAUUGUAUCUAAACUGACUAAAACUUGUCUCUGUGGGUUGGUUAGUAAAGACAACAAUGUGCAAUGCAUGUACUGUAAUUCCUUAUUUGAGUCUUUAAAAAAAACAAACUUUUUUGAAGUAUCUAAGGAAAAACUUGAUGCUCUUAUAUCCACUAUAGAAUUAGUAAGUAUUUUACUACAAAGAUCUUAUCCAACGGAGUGGAAUGAAUUUAUGCAGAUUACCACUCUUUGUAUUGUUGAUACCCCAGAACCAAACAGUUGGAAAUCUCCAAAAAACUCUGCAGAAUUAGAUACUUCCCACAAAGAAAAUAAUCGAUCACAUUUUAAAGGGACAAUAGGAAACUUUAUUAAUUUUGCUUCAGUAAUAUUUAACCGGUUAACCUCAAGAAAUGAAGUACUAGAAAAUAUUAAUAAUAUAAAUGACUACCAAACCCUUGUUUCAAGGCAAUCUGUCUCAAACUUAAUACCCAAAGAUAUUUUCGAGAAUGUAUCUCAUUCUCAUAUAGAAUCUAGUGGUCUACUAUAA